GUCAUCACGGGCGCCGCUGAAGAUGCGUGUGCCUUGGCCGCGACCUCGGUCCACCCCUGGUGUUCUAGGACAUUACGUCUCUAGCAAGUAAGUGCUCGCUAGCCCUGCCACACCCGACGCCCACGCCCCACGGUGCUUGGCAUUCCCGCGCACUGGUACAGCAGCCUCGCCGCGACCGGCAUGCCCACGAACCCGCGGCCGCGUCCCCAGAGACCGCAAGAAAGCGACAUCGAUUCAACGCGCGCGUCCACAACCGGCAUGACUCCACUCUCAGUUGCAGUCCGACUUCAACCCUCUUUCGGUUUUGAUUUUACAACGAGUUCGAAUCCUUCCCGGUUUCAGUCUCCGACUUGGCGCCAACCGCCGCUAUAAAUCCCCGAGUUGCAGCCAACCAAGGACUCCAGUUUUCAGCGGAAGCCAGGGAUCAGUUUAUAGAGGAGACAUCCAAGUGCCAAAUUUCAGCUUCGGCAGAUCGACGCGGGAGCCAGCCAGGGGUCUCCAGGUUGCCAUCGCAAGCUGAACCCAAGCCGCUGUUUAUCUGCCCAGGGGACGCUUGGGCAGUCAUCAGAUUUCGCAGGAGAGCAGCAACUUACAAGACAUCAGAAAACCUCUGCGGCAAUGGCGAAAUCUCAUCGCCGGCGUCGGGCCGCCAGAUCUAUGGGCAAACAUUCUGUCAAGGACCUCAGCAGUUCGAACCGAGGGUCCCCCCUAGCCAUGCUGGAAGAAGACGAAGGGAAUCAAUUUGAUUGGCUCAGCAAUUUGCCUGAUGACAUGUUGCUCAAUAUCGUGGAGCGACUUGAUACCGCAGAUGCCACAAGAACCAGCAUCCUCUCCAAACGGUGGAAGCAGAUCCCUAAUAUGCUCUCCAAAAUUCUUCUAAUGGUUGGUCCCACUGACAGCGAUCAAGAUAGGAGCGAUGAUGAUGUUGCUCGGGCCACUGCAACCAUGCUUGCAGCGACCCAGAGCCUUCUGGAACACAGGAGUACAAGUGCUAGUGCAUACCCUAUUCACCACCUGUGCAUGCAUUUCUUCUUGGGAGAUGAAUCCAUUAGAAUUGGCCGGAUUUCUGCCAACACCAUAGCAACACACAAGGUUGGCGUGGCCGAGUUCACAAUCUUGACCGAGAAGGAAGGUAAACGAUGCAGCACUGAUGAUAGGCUUGCUUACGGCAAAAAGCUCAACUCACUUAUUAACGAUUCUCCGAACGCAUUCAGUUGUCUCACACGACUGAAGCUAGAGAAUUUGACUCUAGGCGAAUCAGAUUUCCCUAAAAUUUUCAGAUUGUGCAAACGACUGGAGUUCCUCCACUUGGAAAACUGUGAUAUGGGGUUUCAAUCCUUGCUGGAGGUGGAACACCAGCGACUCCGCGAGCUUGAGAUUUUCAGGUGUGAUUUUGAGAGGGUUGAUCUGAACUGGCUGCCAGAGCUCACAACCCUGACUAUUUCUUCUUUCACGUCUCUGCAUGAUCCGUUGUCUUGUGGUUAUGUCCCACUGCUCCACACCGUGAGCAUCAGAAAUUCAGCCCUUUCAUGGCAAAAGAUGCUCAAAUUAAGUGAAUUUCUUGGCAAAGCCACUGUAAGCAACUUGACUCUGGGCUUUGAAAAAGAAAAGAUUUGGGUUACACCUGAAGAUCCGAGAGAAUUGUCGCAGGUGUUCAGCAAACUAAGGCUUAUGAAUUUGGCUGCCAUUUCAAAAGAAUGUGAUCUGACUUGGACGAUGUUUGUUCUGCAUGGUGCACCUUCCCUUGAGGAGCUAUGCAUCCGGGUUUGCGAUUGUUUGGGGGUGUGGGACAAAGAUGAGAGGGAGAAGUUUGGGUAUAGCGAGGAGAGGAAGGAUGUCGGUGCAAAAUGGGAAGCAUAUGAUUUCAAGCAUUGUAAUCUCGCUGUGCUUAGGAUCUUCGGGUUUCAAUCCAAAGACAAAUUUUUGAAUUAUGCAACAGCUGUCAUUAAAGCAGCAGUCAAUCUGAAAGACAUAUACCUGCAUGAGAAGCCAGCGUGCAAGGUGAGGUGUGGGUACAUCAGCCGGCAAAGUAACAAAUACCCGCGGUCAACAAUGGAGAAGAACUCGGUUAGGACCAGUUUGAGCAUGCAUACGCAUCAGCUUUUAAGGCUUCACUUCUCCUUAUAAGAAAAUAAAUAAUGAAGUUUUGCUUCUGUUGGA